UAGAUAUUUUACCUCGCGGGCAUUGUUGCCGCUUUUGUUUUUUUUUCGAAUGGCGCAUAUGAUAUUAACUGCAACGCUGGCUGCAACGUUGCUGAUGCGUGUGGUCCGUGCUAUACGCCAGAUCCUCUUCAAAUAAUGGCCGGAAUCUUGAGGAGUUGUGGCGCAUGGAAUGUCGACUCCGUGAUUACUUAUCUUAUUGUUGCCACGGGAGACCUUUGCGAUAAAGUUUUCGCUGUGAUUCAGAAUACAAUUAGAGAUAGGAAUUAUCGGAUCACAAUACACAAGUGCGAAUCAAUUGCUGACAUUAUCCGUGUCAAACCGGAUUUGCACGUGGAUUUUGUUAUAUUUGCAUUUGACGGUAGAAUUAAUCAUUCUGUGAAUGAGGUAGAGAAAAACAUUAAUCUUCUUGAUGAAUUUUUUAUUAUAUCUGGACGUAUAUGUCUCGUCAAUUGUUAUGGUUUGCCAAAUACUAUGGGAUUGAUGUGCCACUCAGCAGAUAGACUACGAGAAAAAUAUUGUCUCCGACUGUUGUCAGCCAAUGUUUAUAGUCCUCAAGGUCUUGAAAACUUAGGCAAGAGAAUUCUAUAUUUAUCGGAAGCUUUGAUGGGUAUACAUAGUGGAGUACCAGAUUUAAACAUGUUAACUGCUAUUUGAAAAAGUAUUGACUAAAUAAUUGAUAAUUAA